AUGACUGGCUCAGGAAGAACCGACAUUGUGCCAAGAGAUGCUGCGGGGGAUGAGUGGGCCAUCCUGGACACUGUAGAGGGCAGCGAAGGAGAGGUCAUGUCAGUGGGGGUCAAGAGUCAGAGUACAGAAUUGGUCGGGCAAUCGUCAGGUGACAGACCAAAUGGGGGGAAAUGUCAUAGGUUUCCAAUUGAUUUUGCUGAAAUCAAUCAGAAUACAUCCAUCUGGUUGAUUUCACCAAACACACUGUCUAAUGUACACAAGGAAGGGACAGGUGAGUUGGAAGAGAAGGUCUCCAUUGUUGAGGGGGAGGAUAAGACAGCCAGAAGGGUUUCACAUGCAAGGAACAGGACAGAGCUCAGCAAAGAAGGGGACCAAGCUCAGAAGCACACAGUUGGUUACCACACAGGGGGACGUGCUCACAAUCACAUGGAGCUAGCCACAAGGGAGACCACAGGGGUGGGGAGCAGGACAAUAAGGUCGAUCACACAGGGGAUUCACAAGAUAGGGGUCAGAAGAAUGGUCACAGGUUAG